AUGUCGCGGGCCGUCUACGCCAAACUCUGGGCCAGCACGGCCCAGUACACACAGCGAAGACAUUAUGCGUGGUACCAGAUUUGGUCGCGCGUGAUCCCGUGGUCCGUGCCUUGGGGCAUCUUUGCCAUGUGGAUGGUCUUCCCGGCCAUGCCCGUCGAGUACCGUCAGGCGCUGACUUUCGGCAUCUGGCGGAAACCCAACAUCGGCACGCAUGGCCCGGACCCCGCCGACGCAAAGAAAUAG